CCCUAAAGGGGGACCAGAGGAUUUCCAAGCCAAAAACGAAAAAGAUUUGUUUUCAUUAAAAAGAAAAUGUGUUUCAGGGUGAAUGAGAUUUUCCCUCCUACGCUUCUCUUGAUAGUUUAUCUACUAUCAUGUCAGGAUACAGUUGCAGCACACACUAAGCUAAAAGGAUUGCCUUCCCAGAGAUCAAGAAGACAAGCUGGAGCUCCCAUACCAGUUGACUGUCAGCUGGGCCAGUGGUCAGAAUGGACUGAAUGUUUUCCCUGUCAAGAAAAAAAACACAGAUAUAGAGCUUUACUACAGCCAGCCAAAUAUAAGGGGAGAAUUUGUACUGGCAGUCUUUGGGAGGAAAUAGCUUGCCACCCAUCGGGAAUGUGUGCCCUGAGCCAAGGCUGUGGAACGAAUUUUCGAUGUGAGGAGUCUGGUCGUUGCCUUCAACGCCAUCUUGUAUGCAAUGGAGAGUCAGACUGUGGAGAUGGGUCUGAUGAGGCUGAUUGUGAGGAUGCCGAAAGUUUCUGUGAUAAUCUGGACCCAGUCCCAGGGAUCACUAGAGCAGCUCAGGGGUACAACAUACUUACACAAAAAAGAGUGCAGCAGGUUUACGAUCCUACCUACUAUGGGGGCCAGUGCGAACCGGUCUAUAAUGGGGAAUGGCGAGAGCUCAAAUACGAUGCUGCAUGUGAACGUUUGUACUAUGGGGAUGACGAGAAAUAUUUCCGAAAGCCGUACAAUGUUCACUCCUAUCAGUUUCUAGCACAUGCUGAUUCUGGCUUUUCUUCCGAGUACUAUGAUGAUUCUACAGAAUUACUGAAUGCCCUAAAGCAAGAUUCCUCCAGUAACAUAGGUCUUACAGUUAGCAUAGGCCCAACUUCUGUGCCUGCCUCAUUGGACCUAGGAUACAGUCAUUCAUGGGGUACAGGGACCCUGAACAAUCUUACUCAAUAUGCUGCAAAGAAUGUAGGAUUUGUCCGAGCACUUACCACAGUACAAACAGCCCGUUUCAAGAUGAGAAGAGAUGAUAUAUUCCUGCAUGAAGACAUGCUUCAGUUUUUGAUGGAGCUUCCAGAUCAGUACAACUACGGACUGUAUGCUAAGUUUAUAAAUAACUAUGGCACCCACUUCAUAACUUCUGGGACAAUGGGAGGCAUCUUUGAAUACAUCCUUGUUGUUAACAAAGAUGAAAUGAGGAGACAAGAGAUUACAGGGACCACGUUAAGCUCAUGUAGUGGUGUAUCGGUAGGAGUUUCAGAACGAGACCCAGGGGAUAUGGAAGGCGUAAAACUUGGGGUCAAGGUGUCCUUUGGAGAAUGCGUUAAGAUUGGACAACAAGCACAAGACUCUGCCGGAACAAAGUCAGUCAUAGAGGAUAUUAUUCCCCGGAUCCGUGGUGGAGACACUGAAUUUGCCAGCAUGCUCUUGGAAAGCAGGAAUCCCAAUGCAUACCGUUACUGGGGGAGGUCAUUAAAACUUAAUCCCACUGUUAUUGAUUUUGAGAUGCAACCUAUACAUGAAAUGCUACGUAGGUCCAGUCUUGCCCAUAUGGAAACCAAAAGGCAAAACCUGAAAAGAGCUUUAGAAGAAUACUUAACUGAGUUUAAUGUCUGCCGCUGCGGUCCUUGCCAAAACAACGGUGAACCAGUACUGGUUGGCUCCUCCUGCGUUUGUGUGUGCCAACCGGGCUCACAGGGUGCCGCAUGUGAGGAUACAAGGCGGGCAGGUCAUCCGGUGCAUGGUAUGUGGAGCUGCUGGACACCAUGGACUCCCUGUCAAUCUCAGUCUCGAAGGCGAACAAGGCAGUGUACUAACCCUGCUCCUCAAAAUGGUGGAACAGUGUGUGCAGGCAGAAGUGUACAAACCGAGGCAUGCUAAUAAUUUGACAUGUUUGGAU